AUGGACUUAUUAAACGACGUUGAAGCCAUAGCGGUAGCAUAUGUAUUAAAUAAACGUAAUAGAGCUGAAAAAAAGCAAAGAUCCCAAAGACGCUAUUGGGUACAUCCGAUGAACACAAAAAGAAUUAAAGAAGGUCAGUUUCAAGUGAACUUUAUGAUACUGAGGGCUCACCCUGAAGAAUUUUUUAAGUACUUCAGGAUGUCUAUAAAAACGUUUGAUGAAUUGAUUUCACUGGUAAGACCAUGCUUGUCAAAACAAAUAAUUCAUAUGCGCGUUCCAAUUAGUACAGAAGAACGACUGACAAUCACGUUGCGGUAA